CUCCGUGAAAUCCGGCUUUCGACGGGAAUUUACCCGGGAAUUAUCGUAUGCCCGUCCUUUACAGAAGAAGUUGAUUUUAACUGGACAAAAUGUCAUCUGACGCACCCAAGGAACGUGAGAAAUCACGAAGCGUGUUUGAUUUAUUAUUUGCAACAAAGGAUACAGAUGACGCCUCUGACAGAAUUGCGUUGGCCACCUUUACUGGUGCCCAAAUUGGAACUUGUGCUUCAUUUGCUACAGUCCUUUUACAUCCAGACAUCAAAUUUUCUCAAUUGGUUGCAAGUAGAAAAAUAUGGGGUGUUACACAAAUGGCAAAGGGCUAUGCUAUUGGAGGAUUAUCAGGAUUUCUGUAUAUGUGGACAGUAAAAAAGUUUAGUGAACUUCGAGGAGGCAAAGAUGAUGGGUUAAAUCAUUUUCUUGGUGGUUUUGGUGUUGUUGCACCAUAUGCGGCAGUUUAUAAACGAAAUUUGACAUUCUUCAUGCUUGGUGGAUUUUUUGCUGGAAUUAUUGCAAUGUCGACUAAAACUUUUGCACAGAUGGAAUAUACAAGAAAUUCAUAUAUGGAUCCAGAUAGGCAGGUUGACCAGUACACACGGUAUCCAGAAAUUUUUGUUGCUUAUCAUGUGCGAAAGGAGCGACAUGAAGCUAAGCAAAGACUUAAAGAGCUCAACGAGACUUCAUAAAAUCUUCAACCAAAUUUUACUGUUAAUAUGAUAGAGACAUUAAGUUUUGAACAGUUGGAAGAAAAAUUGAUUUCACAGAGGUGUACUGUUGACAUUUUGGUAUCUUAGUUACAAGUAUGUCUUAUACUAAAACAAAAACUGAUUGCUACAUGAAUGUUUUACUUUCUCAGUAAAGGAUUUGCUUGUUUUAAA